AUGAACUUGAGUCCUUUGCAUACGCUCUUCUUCACAAUUACCAAUUACUCUGUUCACAAUUUCGUAAAAGCGAAGAAGAAGAUAUGCCCGACAUUUGCGGACCUCAAAAAGUUACUUAUAGCCUGUAACGACUUGGUAGCGACAUCAAGGAUAACUGAGGAUAAAAAUGAAGACAUCAAGAAUAUCUCAAGCAAGGUGUCAGGCCAUCUGGCUGUGGUCUCAAACAUUUUAGAGGUACUAUCAAGGGAUCAGAUGAAGGUGGCAUUCAUUGGACAAACCAGCGAUGGAAAGAGCACCACACUAAAUGCCAUGUUAGAAGGUGAAAUCUCGCCAAUGGGAAUGGGCUCUACUACAAACUGUGUCUUCAUUGUACAUGGUUCAGAUUCACCAGUUCCAUAUAUUUUGGUUCCAGUCAGUGAUGGCAAAAAGAAUAUGGAGCCAUUAAUUCAACUGUCUCAAAUCUUGUCCAAAGAAAAUCUUGAUCCUGGCAGUUUUGUUCAAGUGUUCUUGCCAAAGUCCAGAUGUAAAAUGUUGUCAGAAGGUGUUGUUUUUGUGGAUAGAUAAGCAAAUUAAAAUCCUGGUAUAGGUUUCAAGCCUGAUCUUGAUCUGUGCAUUGAAGAGCACUGUUUGGAUGCUGAUGUGUUUGUCCUGGUUGCUAAUGCUGAGUCAGCGCUUACUUAUACGGAGAAAAACUUUUUUCUCAAAGUGAAUCAGCAUCUUUCAAGACCAAACAUCUUCAUUCUGUAUAACAGAUGUGAUGCAUGUGCAUCAGAGCCGGAGAGAAUGAGGCAGGUGAAAAAAGAACACCUCAAUAGAAGCAUCAACUUCCUUGUUGAUGAGCUCAAGUAUGUAGACAAAGGACAGGCAGAAGACCGAGUGUUUUUUGUCUCAGCUCAAGAGCAUGAAUUGUUAACAAUUGGUACUUUUACUGAUGCAGAAUUUGCUACUCGACAGAAGGAGUUUGAGAACUUUGAAAGCAAAUUUCAGGAGUGUAUUACCAAGUCAGCCUUACAAAUCAAGUUUGAAUCUCAUGCAGUCAGUGGAUUGACAAUUUCAAAAAGUUUGCAGGAUCUUAUGGAAGUAACAAAAAAUUUUUCAUGUCAGCAACGAUCUCAAGCAGAGAAAGCCAAGAAGGAGCAAGAGAAGAUACUGGAAGAUGUGGAGAAAGGAGUUGAAACCUGUAGAAAUGACAUCGAACGCCAGAUUAAGGAAAUCACUUCUAAAGUUGAGGAUCAGGCGACUGAGGCUAUGAGAAAAGAGAUUGGUCGACUGGACUUGCUAGUGAAUGGGUUUGAUUGUCGAUUCAAUCCUUAUCCUAAGUUCCUCGGAGUUUACAAAAAGGAGCUGUACGAUGUUCUCAAGUGGGGCUUGGGAAGGGAAAUGAUAACAUGUUCAAAUACUCAAACUCAAGUGAUUUGUAAGGCACAAAACGAAAUGGCAGAUCGCCUUAGUAGGGUUCUUCCGCAAAUAAAAACAGAGGCAUCUCUUCAGCUCGUCACUUCAGCUCUUGAUUUCCAAGCGAACCUCGAACCGAUUGUGACCAGCCUGUGCACUGAUUUUCAGGAAGAUGUGAAGUGUCACCUCUCUCUUGUCUGGCGAGAGAUUUUGAGGAAUCUCUUGGGGUCUGAACGAUUCAACGACUGGGGAGCGAAGAUUCAGCGAAAUAUGGAGAGCUCGGGAUCUACCCUACCAGUUGUGUUGCAAGGGGCAGCUUUACUAAUGGCACCUAUUGCUGCACUGUUAAUCAUAGUUGGAGGACUGAUUCGGAGGACUAUAGGAUGGUGGUUUAUGGCUUUUUGUGUUGGGUUAUACUGUGUAGUGUACGUAAUUGCAAGGGCAUUUUGGACCGCUGGUGCUAAAGGGAAAGCUUUCAAACGACAAUUUGUGAAUUACGCUACUGAAAAGCUUCAGUCACAAGUCAACGUCAUUAGCGCUGAGUGCAGUGGACAAGUGCAUCAAGAACUGACGUCAACCCUCGAGAAGCUUGAGUCUCCGGUUCAGAGAGAAGUGGAAAAUUUGAAAAAAAAAAUCAACAAACUGAGUCAAGAAAUUACAGGACUAGAGAAAAUCGAAAACAAAUUGAUAACAUUAAGGUAA